AUGAAUGCUGCUGGAUCACGCAUACUUCGACAUGGUCUUCUCUAUAUGAAAAUUCCAACAGUGGUCCAGAGACUACACGUAACUAGUGGACCUGCCUUAAUCAAUACCAAAUUAAAGGUUUUAACUAAAAGGUAUUAUAGCGAUGAGCCAAACUCUCGUUCAUUGGAAAAGAAAAUAGAUACUUUACUGCCAACGCUAGAACAUCAACUAUUAGCAUUAAAACCAAUUACUCCCAACGAUGCAUACAUUUCUUGUACUGUUUUUAAUAAAAAGGGCGACAUUAUUGCUGUAUCUCAAAAGUUUGCUAAAUGGUCAUUUUUAAAAGAACAUCAUUUGUACCCUAGAGAUUUGAGGAAAAUCGAUACUUCUUCAGUUGAUGUCAUUCCAUCAAUAUUAGUUAAAUCCAAUUGUAUUGUUAUAAAUAUGCUUUAUAUCAAAGCGUUAAUAUGUAAAGACAAAGUUUAUGUGUUUGAUACAACAAAUCCUGAUUCUGCAAUGAAGUUAGGUAUAUUAAUGUAUGAUUUAGAAGCAAAAUUGUCGGAGCCACAUAGAAUCAUUUCCAGUUCUAUAUUAUCUCCUACUGGCAGCAUAAAUUUAUCUAAACAAUAUUAUGAGCAUAAGGCAUUGGAAAGUAUGCUCAUAAACAUCAUGAGUUCUUUAGAAACAGAAUUUAAGUUGCAUUCCUCAGUUUGUAGACGAAUUUUAUCUAAUUUGGAAAAUGAAGUGAAUCGAGAUAAGCUAAGAGAUUUGUUAAUUAAGUCAAAAUACCUAACCUUGUAUUAUCAGAAAGCGUUGUUAAUAAGAGAAAUACUAGACGAGUUAUUAGAAAAUGAUGAUGAUUUGGCACAUAUGUAUUUAACGUCACCAAAAACAGAAGAUGAUGAUUUUGCAGAACUAGAAAUGUUGUUGGAAACAUAUUAUACACAGUGUGACGAAUACGUUCAACAAGCAGAGUCAUUGUUACAGGAUAUUAGAACAACAGAAGAAAUUGUUAAUAUUAUUUUGGAUGCAAAUAGAAACGCUUUAAUGUUGUUAGAGUUAAAAGUGACUAUAUAUACGUUGGGGAUUACGGUUGCAACGUUGAUACCUGCAUUAUACGGUAUGAAUUUAGAGAAUUUCAUUGAAGAGAGUAUGUUUGGAUUUGGAGGUAUCGUGGCAUUAUCUGCUCUUCUUGCUAUAGUAGUCACUCGCUCUAAUUUCCGUCAAUUGAGAUCUGUGACCAAAAUUACCAUGUUGAAUAAUCAUUCUGGAUAUCUAUCUACAAAGCAUAAGAAGCUUGCAAAUGAAAUUACAAAUGAAGAAGUACCUACGUUUCUAGGAAAAUUGAAAACGGGAUUAAAAUAUUUUUGGAGAGGAGAAAGUUCAAUUGAUCACUCAAAACUUCAAAAGAAAAAGAGAGAAAUGGUUUGGAAAUGGCUACUUAAUGACAAAUAA